AAUUUUUAAUUCAUUGGCGAUUUUUUAUUUAAUUGUUCAGUGAAUUAUAAAUAUGUUAUUGAACGAUUUGCCUGAUGAAUGUCUCUGGUUGAUCUUCGACAACUUCUUCGAAUUAGAAGAGUUGAUUCAAUUGUCUAAAGUUUGUUCAAAAUGGUCCAAUUUGAUUGAUAUAAGAUUGAAAAAAGUUAAAUAUCUUCUCAACAAAGAAACAGUUUCACAUUCGGACUAUUCCAAAGUAUGGAUGGAGAACCCAGAAACUAUUGAAAGUUAUAAUUUACGAAGAUUGUUACCAAAUCUCAGGAUUCUUGAUAUCUUUCCUUACAUUAAUGGUGGACCAAGGAGAUCAUCAAAUUAUAAACAAAUUGUUAAUAAUAAUCCGAAAGUAAAAGGACUAAUCGGACUGGUUGGACUAGUCUUUAAAUAUAAUAUCGAUUUGAAAGUUAUCAGAAUGGUCUCAAUGAAUACUCAAUUUUAUUAUACAUUCGAGUAUAAAAAACUCUUUCGGCCUAAUCAGUUACAACAAAUUCGUUAUAAUGGAGUUUUUAAUUUGAAAGAACUUUCUGAACUCGUCCAAUACUUUCCGAAUCUAAAGCGACUCAACAUUACAUUGCAAGGGAAACAUGUUCGUUAUAAUGGUCCAAAUUUAUCUAAUCUGAAGAUCUUUGAGUCUUCUGUAGACGGAUGGUCAAGUAUCUGUAACGCAAUUCAUGUGAUCGACUUUUGUCCUUCUUUGGAAAGUGCUUACAUUCACGGACAAUCAGAUGAUGAAUUUAUCAAUAUGACACAAAAGAACUACAAUCUAAGGGAUUUAGUUAUUGUAAUACUAUUUAAAGAAUCCAUAACAUGGGCAUUCUUACGAAGACUGUUGUCCAAAUAUCCAAAUUUACAAAAUCUUGCGAUUAGAGGAGGUGACACUAUUGAGGAUAAUCUUGUUGAAGAAUUGGUAAAGUUAUUGCCAAAGAUAAAACUGUUGGACUUCAGAAGAUCCCAAAAAGUUACUCAAAAAUCAGCUGAUUUUUUAUCUAAAUUUUACCUUGAAUCUAAUCGAUUAAUCAAAAUCUAUUUUAAUUGUGAAAGGGAACCAACUGACUGGCCUAAAUUAAACACUCCUAAUGAUCAAAUUUUCUACGGAUUCGAUUUCAUGAAACAUUGUUUUUAUAAAUCUUUUUCCACUCUUCCGGAUCUGAUUGAUGAAUGAACCCUAAAACAAAAAACUCAUUUUACAAUGAUGAUUACAAUUUAGUAUCAUGUGAAUAUCAAUGUGAUUUAAUUAUUGUAUCGUCUUUUAUAAUACAGCAAAUGUUUGUUAAAUUCUUAUUUAAAAGUUCAAAAGCAUCCAACGAGAUUCUUUCUGUAAAACAUCAAUGAAAGCAAAACAAUCCGAGCAAUAAUAAAAAACGAAGUCUUGAAUUAAUUCAGAAGCACAACGAUAACUUACAUUUUCUAAUUUUAAGUGUUCAGGAUUAAGAUCUUUUGAUUGGUUUCAUUGAUCAACUUUAAUUGUUAUUAAUUCGAUUGAAUCAAUUAGGUCCGGAAGAUCGAAAAAACUCUCAAAAAACAAUCAUUACAUUCAAUUAUUAUCUUUUUAUAAUUUCACAAGGUUUAUUCUUCAAGUCUUAUAACGAUAAAUACGGAUGAUCAACUUGAAUUCACUUGCAAUCAUUUCGAUAUGUUCAUAGUUAUAAUUGUUUUCA